CACAACCAAAACGAAAAACCCUAGCAGCAGGUCUUCUAGUAUUUCAUAACCUCGGUGCUCACAGCCUUCUCCUCUCCCUCAGCAGUCGCCUCUCUCCGUCGAGUUUUUGCAGAUCUGCGAAAAAUGCCGUUCAAGAGGUACGUCGAGAUUGGGAGAGUGGCUCUUGUCAACUACGGCAAGGAUUACGGCAAGCUCGUCGUUAUUGUCGAUGUCAUCGAUCAAAACAGGGCUCUGGUUGAUGCCCCAGAUAUGGUUAGGAGCCAAAUGAACUUCAAGAGGCUUUCGCUUACUGAUAUCAAGAUUGAGAUCAACAGGGUUCCUAAGAAGAAGGCACUAAUUGAAGCCAUGGAGAAGGCUGAUGUGAAGAACAAAUGGGAGAACAGUUCAUGGGGCAGGAGGCUCACUGUGCAGAAGAGAAGGGCAUCACUUAAUGAUUUUGAUAGGUUCAAGCUCAUGUUGGCAAAGAUCAAGAAGGCAGGAAUCGUCAGGCAGGAGCUUGCAAGACUCAAAAAGGAAGCAGCUUAAGAUUUGUUCACUUCUGAGCUUUUCAUUAUUUUGCAAGUUCAAACUUCGCUUCAGUUUUAGCACUUUGGGUUUUCCUUUCUGGCUUUUUAUCAAUUUCCUAGUUAGUGGGAGAAACCAAUUGUUAUGGAUCUUGUUAUGAAAGAACAUUAAUGAUUUUUCUAGACGUCCUAUUUUUCCUGGUUAUGAGUUGUUGUUCUGGGUCCUUUUGGUGGGUUUCUCUGAUGCUAUGCCUGUCAGGAAGUCAUCUUUCCUAGACCUCCGUGCGAUUUCAAUGUGGAGUAGAUGAGUGGAUAAAAUAAAUGAGGAUUGAUCAGAGAGUUACUUUUGCCAUUAAUUGGAUAUUUUAGCAAGAAUAAGUCGUAUAUUUUAUCUAGGA